AUGGAAGAACCUCGAAAGAAUUAUGUCUGGCCACUACAUAGAUAUUUGUGCCCCGUCUGGAUUUCUUUGGAUGUUUUAUUUUCUACAGCGUCCAUCAUGCUCCUCUGCGCUAUCUCGCUGGAUCAGUAUGUAGCAAUACGUAAUCCUAUUGAGCAUAGUCGUUUCAAUUCGCGGACUAAGGCCAUCAUGAAGAUUGCAAUUGUUUGGGUAAUUUCUAUAGGUAUAUCAGUUCCUAUCCCAGUAAUUGGACUGAGAGAUGAAGACAUAGUGUUCGUCAACAACACCACCUGCAUGCUGAAUGACCAAAAUUUCAUUCUUAUUGGGUCCUUUGUAGCUUUCUUCAUACCGCUGACAAUCAUGGUAAUUACAUACUGCCUGACGAUUCACGUUCUUCGCAGACAAGCUCUGAUGUUACUGCGCGGCCACACCGAGGAACUGCCUGGAGUAAACCUGGAUUUCCUGAAAUGCUGCGAGAAGAAUACCACUGAUGAAGAGAACUCUGCAAACCCUAACCAAGAUUUGAACCCACGCCAAAGAAAGAAGAAAGAAAGAUGUCCUAGGGGCACCAUGCAAGCUAUCAACAAUGAACAGAAAGCUUCAAAAGUUCUUGGCAUUGUUUUCUUGUUUCUGAUCAUGUGGUGCCCAUUUUUUAUUACCAAUGUUCUGUCGGUGAUUUGUGGGAAGGCCUGUAAUCAAAAGCUCAUGGAAAACCUUCUGAAUGUGUUUGUUUGGAUUGGCUAUGUUUGUUCAGGAAUUAAUCUUCUGGUGUACACACUUUUCAACAAAGUUUACCGAAGGGCUUUCUCCAACUAUUUGCGCUGCAAUUAUAAGGCAGAAAAAAAGCCCGCCAGGCAAAUCCCAAGAGUUGCUGCCACUGUUUUGUCUGGAAGGGGUCUCAAUGUUAACAUUUAUCAGCAUACCAAUGACCGUGAGCCCGGGAUAGAAAUGCAAGUUGAGAACUUGGAGCUACCAGUUAAUCCUUCCAAUGUGGUUAGUGAAAGGAUUAGUAGUGUGUAA